CGAUGCCCCUUGCUGAGCGCAGCCCGCCUCUGUGCUAACCCGGCAGGAUGCGGGAGGCGGCGGGGCUGGGAAGAAAGUAGCGGGGCUGGAGAGCGGGGCAUGGCCGUGUUGCCCCCCUGAAGCUCCCCGGGCGGCUGCUGAGGAGCCGGAGGAAGGAGACGCGCGGCCACGGCGGGGAAAUCCGCGGCUCCGGCUGGGAAACCAUGGGGAGAUGCAACGGGAGAUGCACGCUGGUUGGAUUCUGCUGCCUGCAGCUGAUCGCGGCGCUGGAGCGGCAGAUCUUUGAUUUCCUGGGCUAUCAGUGGGCGCCCAUCCUCGCCAAUUUUUUACACAUCAUGGCUGUCAUCCUGGGCAUCUUCGGGACCAUCCAGUACAGAUCCAAAUACCUCAUCAUGUACGCGGUGUGGCUGGUGCUGUGGGUCGGCUGGAACGCCUUCAUCAUCUGCUUCUACCUGGAGGUUGGGCACUUGUCGCAGGACCGAGACUUUAUCAUGACCUUCAAUACCUCCCUGCACCGCUCGUGGUGGAUGGAGAACGGGCCGGGCUGCCUGGUGACGCCGGUGCUCAACUCCCGGCUGGCGCUCGAGGAUCACCACGUCAUCACAGUCAGCGGCUGCCUGCUGGACUACCAAUACAUCGAGGUGCUCAGCAGUGCUGCACAGAUCUUCCUGGCGCUCUUCGGCUUCGUCUACGCCUGCUAUGUCAGCAAAGUGUUUCUGGAGGAAGAAGACAGCUUUGAUUUCAUCGGUGGGUUUGAUUCCUAUGGUUACCAGGCGCCGCAGAAGACGUCGCACCUACAGCUACAGCCACUGUACACGUGA